CGCCCCAAAAGUGAACACAGGAACUGACCACUGAAUGACAACAUAUAAACUCUGUGAAAGAGGGCUGACAAUAGCCUCUUUCUUCCCUGCUGCGAUAAAGAAGCCACCAGCAAUGAAACUCCACACUGCAGCUGUCCUCCUCAUCUUCUGGCUUGGCAUCUUCACUGCACACAAGGUGAAAGGGAGCGCUGGAAGUCAGUCCAUGCGCAAAUUGAGUUGUGUACGUCUGUCUACACAGCAACUGAGCAUCCGAAAUCUUGUCAGCUAUGAAAAGCAACAAGUUCCAGUGAAUGCCAUCAUGUUUAUCACAUCAAAAGGUAUUAAGAUCUGCGUAAGCCCUGAUCAGAAAUGGGUGCAGACAGCUAUAAAGAAAAUAGACCAAAAACGUGCCGCCAAAGGCAAAUAAUCCUGUCCUGGGCAAGCAUCUAAGGCCAACUAAAUGGAAUCAUCAUCAGUGCUGCACAUAACAAAGAAGAAAGCCUUAGUAUUUGCUUUUCAUUCCUAUUUAUUAAUUGGCAAUAAAAUCUCUGAAGAAAC